AUGUCUGAUUGGUCAAUAGGAAGUAUUAACCUAAGGGAGUUUCGAUUUGCCCAGACAAUGAUAUUUGCAAUUGAGGAAAUAAACAAUAAAAAGGAUCUCCUUCCCAAUAUUUCUAUCGGAUAUCGGAUUUAUGACAACUGUGCGUCGACAUUAUCCUCAAUGCGUGCUGCGAUGGCUCUGAUGAACGGCCAUGAGCUGACUUUGGGAAGCAGCUGCUCUGGUCAGUCAGCGGUUCAUGCUAUUAUUGGAGAGUCUGAAUCUUCUUCUACCAUUGUCCUUUCUCGCACAACUGGACCGUUUCAAAUUCCAGUGAUAAGUCAUUCUGCCACCUGCGAGUGUUUGAGCAGUAGGAAGGAGCAUCCCGCUUUCUUUCGAACUAUUGUCAGUGAUCUCUAUCAAAGCCGUGCCCUUGCGCAGCUGGUCAAACACUUUGGCUGGACCUGGGUCGGAGCAGUCAACAGCGACAACGACUACGGCAACAAUGGGAUGGCCAUCUUCCUUUCUGCGGCCCAAGAGGAAGGAGUUUGUGUGGAGUACACGGAGAAAUUCGACAGAGCAGAGCCGGAGAAACUCCUGAAAGUGAUAGAGGUGAUAAAGAAGAGCACCGCUCGAGUGAUUGUUGGCUUUCUUUCCCAUGUGGAAAUGAAUAACCUGCUAGAGCAGCUGAGUCUCCACAACAUCACUGGUCGGCAGUUCAUCGGCGUGGAGGCCUGGAUCACCGCGGACAGCCUUGUGACUCCCACCAGCUUCAGUGUGCUGGGAGGUGCUCUGGGCUUUGCAGUGCAAAAGGCCAAUAUCAGUGGCCUGGAGGAUUUUCUGGUUAGAGGUUUCUGGGAAACAGAAUUCCUGUGCAACGGGACAAACAGAGAAAGUGUUUUAAGAACCUGCAAAGAGAAUCCAGAUCUGUUUCAGCUUAAAGGUCAUGACGAUGACUUGGAGAAGUUGAGAUACCCCACUAACAUUUACAAAGCCAUCUAUGCAGUGGCUCAUUCUCUCCACAGCAUAUUGAAGUGUUCAGACAAAAAAGGGUGUAAUAAGGCUCUGGAGAUCAAGCCAUGGGAGGUGGUGGAGGCACUAAAGCAGGUGAACUUCACCAUUAAGAGUGGAGAAAGAGUGUGGUUUGAUGAAACUGGAGCAGCUGUCAACAGAUAUGAGUUGGUGAACUGGCAGCGUGGAUCAGACGGAUCCGUUCUGUUUAAACCCGUUGGUUACUAUGACGCCUCCCUGCCCUCUGACAAAGGGUUUUCUCUUAACACAGAGGCCAUUAUAUGGUCUGGAGGAGGUAAAGAGCUACCUGUGUCAGUCUGCAGUGAAAGCUGUGGUCCAGGAACCCAUAAAGUCCUUCAAAAAGGAAAGCAUGCGUGCUGCUUUGACUGUGUGCCGUGUCCAGUUGGAGAAUUUAGCAACACGACAGAUUCUAACGACUGCAAAAAGUGCCCUGAAGCAUAUUGGUCCAAUCAGAACAGAGAUGCAUGUUUACCCAAAAACAUUGAGUUUCUUUCUUUCACCGAGGUUAUGGGCAAAAUACUGGUGGUUUUUACUAUGUUNCAGGUCUAG